GCAGACCUCCCUCCCUCCACUCCAUCUUAAGGUUAAGGUCCAAUCAAACCAAACACGAACCCGACAAUGUCGAACCCGUUAUUCAGAGAUGAUGGUAAGUCCCCCCCUUCUGCCCCUCUCCCCCUUUCUCUCUAUCCAUCUCUAGAUCCCCUGUAUAAACAUAGCAUAACAACCCAAGUACUAACUGGUGCCCCACCAGACGAAAACUGCCCGGUAUGCAAAUCCUCCCGCUACCUCAACCCAAACAUCCGCUUCCUCAUGAACCCGGUGUGCUACCACAAAAUGUGUGAAUCCUGCGUCGACCGGAUCUUCAUGCAGGGCCCGGCGCCCUGUCCCGUAAUCGCGUGCGGCAAGACGCUUCGCAAGAACAAGUUCCGCAAGCAGACCUUCGAGGACGUGGCCGUCGAGCGCGAGGUCGACGUGCGAAAGCGGGUGGCGCUAACCUUCAACAAGCGCCAGGAUGACUUCGACACCCUUCGCGAGUACAAUGACUAUCUGGAGGAGGUGGAGCAGAUCACGUUCAACCUAGUGAACAAGAUCGACGUGAAGGAGACCGAGGCGAAGCUUGUCGAGUACGAGACGGCAAAUAAGGAGCUCAUUAGUACUAAUGCGGCCCGACAAGCAGCCGAGAUGAUGGCGUUCGCGCAGGCUACCGAGGCGGAGAAGGAGAGUCAAAGGUUGGCAAGGGAAAUGGCGGUCAGGGAGCGUGAGGAGGAGCGCAGGGAGCAGGAGGAGUUGAAGGCUGCUACGUUGAAUGCGCUGGCGAGCGGGGAUAAGGGUGCUGUCAAGGUUAUCCAGGAGGUGCAGUUGAAGAGGUCUGGGGAGAGGAAGAGGAGGCAGGCGGAUGAGCAGAUGAAGUUGAAGAGUCUGGCUGAGGGGCGGUCGUUGCUAAAGUCUUCGCUGUUGGCCGGGACCAGGAAGAAAAUCCUUGAAGAUGGCCCCUUCAAUCCGCUUGGUGGGCUCAAUGAUACUAACGAACACUAUGUCGUUCAAGACUAUUACGAGAAUAAGUACGUUCUCUUCCUCCCCUGGGCUGCCAUUUUGCACCAUAUCUAAAUCAUUGCAGAUGGCUGGAGAAUGUCCGAAACGAUAUGGCAGCGCAGGCCGGCGGUUAUUUCGUUGAGGAGUACUACGGACGCUCGUUGUUCGAGGCCUUUUCUGGCCUUACUUUCUUUGUUGAUGAGGAGGCCACACGGAUAGAGGAGGAGAAGAGAGCUACAACAUAUACAGACUUGAUGAUAAGCGAUGCAGUUUCGUAGAUUCCCCCCACGUCCCACUUUUUUUUUUGUUUCCUUCCCUUUCCCUAUGCUCUCUCUUAGCCCCACAUACAUUCCCUUUCAUGUACAAUAAUAAACCGUUUGGGAUACUGGUAGGCCCUAGCAAAAAGUAUAAUAGUCAUUUUCGAGAGAGAUGGUCAUCGAACGAAUAACGUUACCGGAAAGCUUAUUAAGGUCAAUACGAGUAAAUCUAUAGUAUGGUGCCCGUUUAACCAAGGUAAUAUCCACAGCCCAGUACGAUAUUCGAUGCGCAUACUCCAAGAAAUAUACUUCAAGAUACCGUGCAUAUUGAA